AUGUCAUCAGCGCUGAGAAAUUUAUUUGCAACAUUUUUGGUUCAUUGUAAUCCAACGGACAUUAGGAAGCUCUGGAAAAUCUAUUACGAAGAUAUGUCAGAAGAUUUUAGAAAAAUACAUGAUAAUUCUCCUGUUGCUCAACUCCAAUGCAUGUUGAAGAGCAUCAAUUAUUUCUUAGAGAGCAUGGGCAAGAAAAUUGACAAGUAUGAAUUACCUAAACUUGAUCAUGGGAGGGAUAAUGAGAGAGUCGACUCUAAUAGAGCGGGAUUGUUCUUUGUGGAUGGACCUGGAGGAACUGGAAAAACAUUCCUAUAUCGUGCAUUGCUUGCAAAUCUCAUAUCAAGAGGCAUGAUAGCUUUAGCAACGACAACAAGUGGUGUAGCAGCUGCAAUUUUAUCCGGAGGUCGUACAACUCACUCUAGAUUCGACAUCCCUCUUCAGACAACUGAUACAACGAUCACAGAUAUGUCAAAACAGAAUGGUGGUGCUACAUUGAUAAGAAAAUCAAAGCUAAUAAUUUGGGAUGAAGCACAUAUGGCCAAUCAUCAGACGAUUGAAACUGUUGAUAGGAGCUUUAGAGAUAUAAUGGAUAUUAAUGAACCCUUUGGUGGAAAAGUGAUGGUCUUCGGAGGUGAUUUUCGUCAAGUUCUACAAGUAGUUCCAAAAUUUACCAGAGCUGAAACAAUAAAUACAAGCUUGGUAAAAUCAUAUUUGUGGAAUAAAAUGAAAAAGGUUCAAUUAAUAAGAAAUAUGAGGGCAAGAGCAGAUCCAACAUUCAGCGAUUUCUUACUACGGAUCGGUAAUAGAGAGGAACCUACAAUAAGAGAUGACAUGGUCCUUCUUCCAGAAAAAUUGAUCGUCAAACAUGAUGGUGAUAGUACUGGUGAAGAUAAUUUAAUAAGAGAAAUAUUUCCUUUUCUAGAUGAAAUGUCAAGUUGUGCAAAAUACAUUACAGAAAGUGUUAUCUUGGCUAGUAGAAAUGAGUAUGUUGAUCAACUAAAUGAGAUGUUAAUUGCUAAAUUUCCUGGUGAAAGCAGAACUUUUUGA